AAGUUUUAUAAAUGAGGAAACAGAUCUAGCAAGGUUAUGUGAUGUAGGACAAUUUGUGUUUGAGCAAGGCUAAGAAUUAGGCUCGCGAUGGAGUGAAAGGGCCCUUAAAUGUGAGGCUAAGGAACAUGCCAUUCAUUGUGGUAUUCUCCAGCUCCUAGUCCAGUGCGUGACACAUAGUAGGUGCUUCAUAAGCAAUGGUCACGACUGACCUAUUGACCGCCUUUCUGAAUGAAUGUAUGUUUCUCUACCCUGUGUUCUCUGUUUACCAGCUGGACCUAGACACAGUUUAUUUAAAGCAGAGAACUACUUUACUGGAGGUAUCAGGACAUUUUCUCUGCUCUCUGAGAGACACUUUUUUUUUAAAAUUGAGCAACACUUCUUUCUCUGAGUAUUGCUUCCUCUUUGUUGAUAUUAACAGAAUAAAUAUCACAGCCCUUACAGGAUGUGUGGUGUAGCGUGACAGAGAACUGGGGUUUCCUUUGAUGUCACUGUAGACUUGGCAGCGUUAAUAGAGGAGUGAUCAGUAGUCAGACGCAUUGGUGUGCUGGGCUGGCACACUCUGGGAAGUGGUCAGCGCUCCUGGACUGUGGAGUAGAGACUUAGUUGCAGGACGUACCCAGUUCAAUUGGAGAAUUAAAACGGCAGCUCAACGGAGCCAUCCUUGGACUUUUCUUUUAACCCAUGUUUUCACAUCUUUCCUUCAACUGUGUCCUUCUGUGGCUGCUACUACUUACAAGGUCUUCGGAAGGGUCAUACAUAGCCCACGUGGGUCAGAAUGCUUACCUGCCCUGCCACUACAAUCCAACCUCCUCUGAGAAUCUCGUGCCUGUGUGUUGGGGCAGGGGACCCUGUCCUACAUUUGAAUGUAAGGAACUGGUGCUCAGAACUGAUGGAAGGGCCUUGACAUACCAGAUAUCCAGCAGAUACCAACUAAAGGGGAAUGUCCGCAAAGGAGAUGUGUCCUUGACCAUAGAGAAUGUGACUUUAGCUGACAGUGGGACCUAUUGCUGCCGCGUCCAAUUCCCAGGCCCAAUGAAUGAUAAAAAAUUAGACCUGAUGUUGGACAUCAAACCAGCCAAGGUCACCCCUGUUUGGCCGCCAUGGAGAGCCUCCACUACAGCCUUUCCAAGGAUGUUCACCACCCGGGAACAUGGCUCAGCAGAGACACAGACUCUGGAGACCCCCAACGAUAAAAAUCAAACUCAAAUAUCCACACUGGCUGAUGAGUUAAAAGACUCUGGUGCGACCACCAGGAUAAGCAUCUACAUUGGAGCAGGGAUCUCUGCUGGGCUGGCUCUGGUUCUUAUCUCUGGAGCUUUAAUUCUCAAAUGGCAUUCUCAUAGGAAAGAGAAGUUACAGAAUUCAAGCCUCAUCACUUUGGCCAACCUCCCUCCGUCAGGGUUAGAAAAUACUGUGGCAGGGGGGAUGCGCUCCAAGGAAAACAUCUAUACAAUUGAGGAGAACGCAUAUGAAGUGGAGGACCCCUCUGAGUAUUACUGCUACGUCAGCAGUGAUCAGCAACCCUGACCGCCUCUGACUUGUCAUCCUUCGGUGCCAUCAGAUGCAGCUUCAUUUCUGAGCUCGUGUUGUCGUCUUUGAAAACUAUCAGAUGUGUCAGCUGGUUGCCUUUAAGGUUCUGCCCACCGCUCCCCGGCAGUCUCUUCCCAUUUUCUGAAGAUAGCAGCUCACGUGAGGACUGAACCUGCCCAGCACAGACUCGCUACAGCCUUACCUCUGCAUCCCAGCCAACAGGCCCCUCGGCUCGGAGACUGCUAACCGGGCAUUAGCAUGGAAGUGAGCUCCUAUGUCCGUAGGAAUUCUGAAUACGGGGUCUCCUGAAUUCCAGGAAUUUCAGUCCCGUGAUGGAUCCACGAAGCUUCUGACACAAGGAAAUUUCAUGCUGAGAUAUGUGCAUGUCUUGUUUGGUACAGAAAGUCAAAAGGGGCCACUGAU